AUCUUCUGUUUGGUAUGCUAAUGGCAGCAUUUUGCGGUUCUGGGGCUGAGAUGGACAAGGGCCCACAAAGGUGUUGAAUUUAAUCUAUAUCCGCCUUAGAUAUGGGCGCCUUAUUCUGGGGUUUCUAUGCAUGAACAGCGCUUUUCAACGAAUUUCAAAUUAGCGCUUUACAUUAUCCCGACCAUAAAGUGCAUGCGUUGUGUGCCCCCUUUACUGCUCUAGGUUUUGCACAGAUUCAUGAAAGCGGUUCAAGACGAUAUCGAGGUUGAUACGGCCCUAGCCCUAGUAUGUGAGCGUUGUGAGUGUUCUUCGUGUGCUAGAGUUCCUGUCACGAGGGCAAGUAGGGCGCAUAUGACAAAUGUUUUCUGGUUAUAAACGGACCACGUUAGCGCUUGUUUAAACGUUCCCGAGGACCAAGACCAAUUCGAUUCAGGUGGUAUUCGGACCAGUAUCUUGCGGUCUUCCAAGUCAGUAUUCCAGACCCCUGUCGACCUUGUAGUCGGAUGUACACGUCUUAAGUAGGUCACAGCAACGACUAAUGGUUACAGUCUGUGGCUUCCAUAUACGAGCAACUACAGUCAACGAUUAGCGCCCUCUACUAUCUCUUCAGAAAAUGUCUUCGUUGAGCAAGUGCGUCCAUCUUUUUCCCCCAGUGUGUACGCAUACAUGGAUAUCGACCCAGUUCAAACCAAUAUUGAUCCCAAUACGGCCUCAGAGGUCAAAAUUUGUGAACGUUUUUCUGCCAGUGAUUCUGAUAUUACUAUCCGAUCAUCUGAUGGUGUUCUUUUUCGAGUUCACCGAAAAAAUCUCACAAUGCAUUCAGAGAUCUUUCCCGGAGAGGAGCUGGAGGCAAAAGAUGAUGUGGACUUAGAUGAGAGCUCUGCCGUGCUGGAGCUCCUCUUCCAAUUUAUGUACAGACAGGCACAACCGAAACUCUCCGAGACCUCAUUUUCUGUCUUGGAAUCUUUGGCUAAUGCAGUGGAAAAAUAUCGGGUCUUUCCUGGCAUCGAAGUAUGUAGAAUGCACAUGAAAGCCAACGCUGGUAUGUCACCUUUGAAAGUGAUUAAAUAUGCAGUGAAGCACGGUUAUCAUGAUGUUUGCGACGCCGCUGCCCCCAAAUCUCUAAAUGCAUCAUUAUCUGAAGCCCGCGAAUGCUUGGAUAUGUCAUGCCUGGUAGCUUGGAUGAUUUACCGGGACAGUGUAAUGAGCGCUCUUCAUCGUUCCCCCGGCAUAGUUAUGCACCGUGGAGGGAAGAAAACAUGCAGUGCUUGGGAUGAGUUUUAUGCACAUUCCAUCUCGGCUUUUGCGGGACGUCCUGCACAGGUCUUUGAUUACGCUCGGAUUAUUGGACAUUGGAAGCUGAGGUUGAGUGACUGUCACUGGUGCCUUCAGCGAGCUGGGCAAUGGGAAGCUACAAUACAAGCUAAUCUCUCCAGGGUCCCGAAAAUCAGUUCUUUGAUAACACUGUAGACGCUUUAUCCGUGACUCGAUUUUUGUUGAAUUAAUGCAUCCAAGAAACAUUUAU